UGUAUGUGAUUUUUUUUUUUUUUUUUUAUUGAAAUUGGCUCAUAUGUUCACUAUUUUCCCACUAACAAGCACCAGAGGGCACUGUAGGUUUGUGUGUCAGUAUUUGUUACUGACAGCAAUGUAGAAGAAGCACGUCAAAAGAAAUACAGUGGACGUGAAUUAGAUGUGAAUAAAUUAUGUUUAUAUAUAUAUAUACAAAUAUAUAUAUAUAUAUAUACAUGUUUAUAUUAUAUUAUUAUAUAUAUUAUUUAUAUAUUAUAUAUAUUUGUAUAUAUAUAUAUACAUACAAAAGGUGUAUUGUAAAAGUCUAACUUCUCUUUUCUUGACCCUUCACUUCCAUGCUGUCUUACUUGGAAACUUUCUGAAUUAGCUAUUGGUUAACUUCAGAUUAAGAUUUAAAAAUGAUAUUUUUACUUGUUAUAUUUGAACAUCAAACAUCGGGAAGCCUAUAAACCUUUUUAUUUGGUUACAAACUAUCCACACUGCAGAUUGGAGGAGUUGGGGGAGGCAGAAGUCUAUUUUGAUCCUCCUCUCAUGCACUGUGAAUGUGGGUCGACUGAAAUCUGAGUCAGUUGUCUCAGUCAGAGUAUUAACUUUAGUAUUUUAGAGCAUGUCGGAGCUCCAGCUGAAACAGAGAGUCAGCUUGUGCAUAGAUGACGCCAAAACGAAGCUCCACAGCCUCAGUCAGGACAUCUGGAGCUGCCCGGAGCUGGCCUACCAGGAGGUCAGAUCUCACGACAGACUGGUGGCAUUUUUCCAUCAGGAGGGAGGCUGGCAGGUCGACAGCCACUUCAAACUGGACACGGCGUUCAGGGCCUGUUGGAGGUCUGCGGGUGUAGCUCAGGGUCACGAGGUCAGCCUGGGUUUCCUGUGUGAGUACGACGCCUUGCCUGGGAUCGGGCACGCUUGUGGACAUAACUUGAUAGCCGAGGUUGGAGCUGCUGCAGCUGUCGGCCUCAAGGCCGCACUGGAAGAUGAACAGAAACUUCCCGUCCAGGUCAAGGUGACAGUGCUGGGAACUCCAGCUGAGGAGGAGGGUGGAGGGAAGGUCGACAUGUUGAGGGAAGGAGCGUUUGAAGGUUUGGAUGUGGUGUUCAUGGCCCAUCCAUCAAAGGAGGAUGCCACGUACCUCCCCUGUGUGUCCGAGCAGGAUGUUACAGUGAAGUAUCAUGGGAAGGCGGCUCAUGCUUCAGCCUACCCCUGGAAGGGCAUCAAUGCUCUGGAUGCGGCUGUGCUUUGCUACAACAAUCUGUCUGCGCUCCGACAGCAGAUGAAACCGGACUGGAGAGUCCACGGUGAGGAGCGUCGCCAUGUCCGCUCCGUGACGGCUCGGAUUCUCUGUCACUGUUCCACUAUCACUAUAUGCUCUUCAGGGAUCAUAAAGAACGGAGGAGUGAAGCCCAACAUCAUCCCUGACUAUACUGAGCUGGAGUAUUAUCUGAGAACUCCGUCAAGAACUGAACUUCCUGUCCUGAAGGCCAAAGCUGAGAGUUGUUUUCGUUCAGCCGCCAUGGCAACAGGCUGUGAGGUUGAAAUUGAAUUUACCAAAAACCAAUAUGACAACAUCUUACGUAUCUCUGCUCUGGAGGAUCUCUAUGAGAGAAACGGCACAGCUCUGGGGAUGAACUUCACCACUGAUGAAGAUGUUCUCAAGAAUGAAUCUGGCUCAACGGACUUUGGGAAUGUGACAUUUGCUGUUCCUGGCAUUCAUCCAUACUUCUACAUCGGCUCGGAUGCCCUAAACCACACAGAUGAGUACAGAGCUGCUGCAGGUGAUGAAAGAGCUCAGUUCUUUGCUCUGCGGGUGGCGAAGGCUCUGGCCAUGACCGCUCUGGAUUUACUGCUGCAUCCAGAGCUGCUGGAGAAGGUGAAACAGGAGUUCACAGAGGCCAGAAGAAGGGAUGACCAGAGAUAGAGAGAGAUUUUCAGAACAUGACAGGAUGGUUGUGGAGUAUCUUCCUCUCUACCCUCCAUUUCUGAAUCCCACUGAGGAGUUCUCUUCUUGGAGGUGGAAGGUUUAUGACCGGCAUCCACAUUCCAAAAUGACCUGCUAGAGACCAUGAAUGCAGCUGGUGAUGACAUCACAGCAGAGAUUCAGUUUUCAAGAACAUUCUUUCCUCUGUGCUUUGAUAGAGCUGAUAUUAUUUGAGAUUAAAAUAUGCUGCCAGACAGACGGGAGAGUCUAGUUGUUCAUGAUUGAUUUGCAGAACUGUCUGUUUUACAGUAUUUUCAGUUAAAAACUACUUCAUUAAGGUUAACUGAACCAAAGUUGUUUUUUUGUUUGUUCGCUUCCAUUUGGACAAUGCCAUUAAUGGCUACAAGUAAUUUUUUUGGUAAUCUGUAAAGCUUUAAAUAAAUAAAAAAAAUACCUCCAAGAGCUCAUAGUUCUUU